AGUAUAAAGUUUGGACUUUAUUCGUCGCGUUAAUAAAAUUGAAGCAAUUUUACGUACUUACGGUAGUUGGCGAUACAAACAAUUCCGCAAUAAUGUUACGCAGACAUAAUUUUCAGUUACGAAUGUCUUAACAAUGUGAAGAUUAAAAAAAACACACAUGAAACACAAAUUCCCAGUCGGAAUGAAAACCGCCAUUUUGUAUCCAUACCUCGCAUUACAUAAUCGAAAAAUAUGUUGUAUCACUUUUCACGCUCGGCAAGCUGCUAUAUUUAGCGCGAUUUAUACGAUGAAUGUGUCCGUGCUGGUAAUUUUAAUUUAUAGUUGGAGAGUUAAUGAAAAUUCCAAAAAUUAUACGCAACUGGAUGAAGUGUACUACGGUGUCCAGAUCGCUUAUGUUGCCAUUGUUACUGUUCAUUUGUUCAAUAUAUGCCUUUCGUUGUUGUUACUUUAUGCAGUAUUAAAGGAAAAAUACAGCUUGAUAUCGUUAUGGAUAUUGGGUACGAUAACAUUCACAGCGAUGGAAGCUGUUUGCAUGGUGUAUUCGAAUGUACUUCGUGAUCACGUGAAUAGAGAAUUUGACACGUGGAGUAAAGAAGAAGCUUCGUUUUUUACGUGUAGAGCUAUCCUUAAUGUGCUUCCAAUAAUUGGUGUUUUGAAAUUUUACAAUAUGCUUCGAGCUGGCGUCACGUGGAAAGGACCAGAGACUAUUGAAUUAUGAUAUAACGUUCGCGGUGGACGCGAUCUGCCGCAUCGCAAGAUAAGAAAAAGAAGAAAAUUUUACACCUCCGGUGAGAGUAGUGAUUCCGAUUACAGUUGUUCAGACAGUGACAGUCAAACAGAAAUGAUGGCUGCUAUUGUUUGAGAAGUUUCCAAUCGACUGACUUUUUGUUUUUAAUAUUUUCAUUUACAUAUUUGUUAACUAAAUGUUGAAAUUGUUUUAUAAAUGUUUUUUUGGUUUGUGUA